AUGUUCCCUUCAACGGAAUUGUCACAAGACCUUAAUAAGACUCUUGAGGACGUGUCUUCUGGCAAAAUCGAAAAGUUUUCUCAAUCAUCGUUUGACGACAAAGAAGAUGGGGCUCUCGCUGUUGUGGACGGUGGCUAUCACGCUUGGCGAUUCCUAUUCAUCGCCUUUAUGGUUGAAGGGGCCACAUUUGAUAUGAACAAAUCUAUCGCUGCCUUGAUAGGUACGUGCGUCCAUAAGACUCUUAGUAUACCAUUUCCUUUUAUCUUUGACCAUGCUUUCCAGUCAAUUAUUGAUCCCUGCAACACCAAUCAAACAGGAAGCCUUUGUAGCGGCAUCCUUUACUGCUUCGGGGCCAUCUUGAUUCCACUCAUGGAAAAUCAGAGGUGGAUCACGAAGUGGGGACCAACGGCGGGUACUAUAGCAUGUGCAGCUUCAUGUUUAGGCGCUGGAUUUUGUGACAAGGCGUCUCAUCUUAUCUUGCUACAAGGCAUUUUGUACGGCGUGGGAGGCGCUCAUGUUCUCCCCAGCUAUCCAUGCCUUGCAUUUCUAGGCGAGUGGUGGGUUGACAGGCGAGGUUUUGCAGGGAGUGUUAUGUUUACAGGAGGCUCUAUCUUUGGUCUUGUAUACCCUCCACUUCUAGAGUGGUCUUUGCAGAAGUACGGAAGUCGUAUCACAUAUCAAGCAUUUGCUAUCUUUUGGGUUGUCAUCAUGCUGCCAAUGAUGCCUUUUUUUCGAGGUAGAUUACCCAACACUCGGAUACAAGAUCCCCGACGCUUAUGCUUCUCGCGCUAUCUUCGGAAACCGAUCUUUUGGGCCUUUGUCGCUGUGACCCUCGUCCAAAGCCUUGCCUAUUUUGUACCAUCAUUGUAUAUGCCUUCAUACGCUAUGUCAAUCGGACUUCCUGGUGGACUCAUUCUCGCUUUCUACUCGGGUGCAAGCAUUUUCGGACAGCUACUAGUCGGUACAGCUAGUGAUCACGUCGAUAGUAGUUGGUUGAUCGGGACUACCUCAUUAUGCAGUGGCAUAAGUAUCUUUACCUUGUGGGGUCAUUGCAACGGAUUCGCGAUGCUUGCCAGUUUUGCUAUUAUCUACGGUUUGAGCGCAGGUGGAUUCUCGUGCCUUUGGCAGCGUUUCGCAAUGCUUGUAGCACCGUCUGAGCCAAAGUCUGGUAACCUUAUUGCAUUUUUCACCACUUCUCGUGGGAUUGCAAAUAUCUUCACGGGACCAAUUGCUGGCGCCCUAUUGGAUAAAAGCACAUCUGAAGUUCAAGGUUAUCGGAUGUUGGUUCAAUACAGCGGGACAAUAAUGAUUAUAUCCACAUUGGGUGUUGGAAUCCGAUUGUUAUAUACUCCCAAAAACCCCCUUUGA